CAACUGCCACCAAAACCAGUUUAUAGCAGUUGCAGAGUGAGCAGAUUGAGGCAGCACUGCGGAGGCAGCUCAGGAGAGGAACUGCAAGUCCUGAGAGAUAACUUACACAGGAAAGACUAACAAACAGUCUAAGAUGGCUGAAGCAGAUUCUGAUAGUCACAACUAUAAUGAAGUGUCAAAGAUGUUGCAAGAUCUUAACAAGGAUCUGGAAGUAAUGCUGGAGCAGAUGGAGAAGAUAUCAGUUAAAGCAACAUGGAUGGCUUAUGACAUGGUAACGACUCGCGGCAAUCCUGAUCUGGUUGAACAAAUGAGAAGACUGGAGGAGAGUUUCAUGCAGUGCAAGGAGGAGAUUGAGAAACACUGGAAAGAUAUAUUAGAUGAAAGCAAGAAACCGUCAUAGAGAAAGAAUGCACCAACAUGCUUCUUAUUUUUGUCUUAUCUGUUCUUUAAGACAUUAAAUUUGUUUUGAAAAACAAA